UUUCCGAGAAAAGACGGAAGUGUCAAAAAAUCCGGGUCUGUUUUUUCCUGUUGAGCAGCAGAAGCAGCAGCGGCAGCACUGUGGAGAGGUCCCUCACAUGACUGCAGGGAUAUGGAGGCGGUUUACCUCAUGUCCUGAGUUUGAUUAAACUAAAAUCACAUCAUAUUUUCGACGCUACGUUGUGCCACGCAGACUGAGGUGUUUGCCUUCUCAGGACAGCCAUGGAGAGAUUAGAGGCUACAUCACAGCUCCAGUCACGGCUUUCAUCACUGUCUUUCUCAUCUUUCCCCGGAGUAACAGCCAAACAGUGCGACAACACGCCACCGGACAGGCUGCAGAAUACAAAUCUUUCAGAGAGCUUUACUCAGUCCAAAGACAGUAUGGAUGACACCAAGGAGGAUUCAGGACGUCUUUCUGAGGGUAAUGAAGAGGCCCCUGCUGAGCUGGCCCUGGGGGAAGGAGGCGAGGAGAACAGCAGUGCAGGGAGCUGUCAGCUCUCCGCCGAGAUGAAAGCCCAGAUGCCGCCCCUGAACCCCCCGACAACUUGGACAUCUGCUGCUGUGAAGGAGUUAAAGGUGAAGCUCCGAACAGAGAAGGACAGCAUGGUGACCGUGUACCGAGGCGACAUCAUGACGGUCCAUGUGCCCACCGUGCCCGAAGCCAAUAAAGUGUGCUGGGAGUUUGCCACAGACGGCUACGACAUUGGCUUCGGCAUCUAUUUUGACUGGACUCCUGUGACGAGCCGGUCCAUCACGGUGCAUAUCAGCGAGUCGAGCGAUGACGAGGACGAAGAGGAGGAGCUUGAAGGGCCCGUCGGCAACGGGGACGUCGAGAAGGGCUCCAAAACUCACACCAACUCUAACUUGUCUGAAAUCCUCCCCGUGUACCGCCAGGACAGCCACCUGUCCGUGCAGGGGGGGAGCCACGAAUUUCCAGGUGAAGGCACUUAUCUCCUGAAGUUUGACAACUCCUACUCCCUUUGGCGAAAUAAAACACUUUACUACAGGGUUUAUUAUAGUGCCUGAGAUGCCAAUUUAUCGCUUAUGAAUGUACAAUUUACUGAAGAACAAUGAACUAUUUUUGAUUCCACACUUGUCGGGGGAGGGAUGGGGGGGAGACAUAAUUGAAAUUCUAAAAUAAAAUAGAAAAAAAAAAAUAUAUAUAUAUAUAUAUAAAUAUUUUUUAGCACCGUCUGCUUGUGUUGUCUCUUGUUGAAUUUAAGUUUGUAAUCCCACAGAUUUCAAACGCUUCAGUGUCUUGCUAACAUGUGUUUGAAGAAGCCUUGCAUAUGUGCCAUUUUUCCCAUGUGUGCACCGUGCUAUUUGGUCAAGUGCCCAUCAUAAAAUAUCUAUUGUCUUCACCUGUAACAGAUCUAUGGUAGCAGUGAUCAGGGAAGACCUGCACGGGUAUAACUGUGUUAAAUCAACUAUGAUCUAAAGAAAGAAGCUUUGUUUUGUGUGUGUGUGUGUGUGUGUGUGUGUGUGUGUGUGUGUGAGAGCUUGUGCACCUUUUUUUUUCUUAUUAUUCCUAUUGCUUUGUCUUUGUUACCAACCUAACUUAUUUUUUUCUUCUCUGUAUUGAUCCUAAUCACGUGAGAUUUCAGAUUAUGUAAAUUCAGAGUAUGGCGAUGUCUGCUGUCACAGUGGUGUGUUGGUUAAAGAAUAUAUAUAAGUCGAAUGUACUGAAGCAAGUGGUAAUCAGACUGUGCUUUUUAUGACACAAUUAAAAGCCAUCCCUUAUCACAUGCAGCUCUCCUUAUGUAAUAAAAAAAUCAAUAUUUACAUUUGACUUGCACACUUUCAUUAUGGUUGGAGGUAGAUUAUUUUUUGUGCACAAGUCUAAGAAGUAAGUUACUGUUUUGUUUUUGGUCUUUUUUAAAAAAAAAAAGAUUAUCUUUCUUUCCUCAUUUCAAUCACUCUUUGUGCAUCUUCCAAAGAUUUCACAGAUCUGGCUGCUGACGUUGUAUACAGCAUACUGUAAAGCAACUGAUACUGUUACUGUACUAAACCCUCGCUGUAAGUUAUGCUGAUGGCAUCAAAUCCUGAAAUUUCUAAUUCCUCAAUAAACAGACCAUUGUCUCA